AUGUCCCCUACAGGACAUACGAUCUAUCGCGCAGGCGAUGGUAACGGCGGCUUCUCUCCCUCCUCCGUCAAGCUACCAGAACUUGGCCCUCACGAUAUCCUCGUCCGUCUGACCCACAGCGGCGUGUGCCACUCAGACAUCGUUCUCUGCCAGUUGGGAGCCCCUGUAGCUCUUGGCCACGAGGGAAUUGGUGUUGUCGAGUCCGUUGGCUCGCUCGUUACACAAUUCAAAGUUGGUGAUCGGGCAGGUGGCGGAUUCCAUCGAGAUUCGUGCGGCCAUUGCAAGUAUUGUCUAUCUGGGCGAGAUAUUUACUGCUAUGAGCGUGUCAUUUUCGGUGAAGGUGACUUCGACAAUGGAACCUUUGGAACUUAUUACAUCGGCAAGGAGACAUAUCUUCACAAGAUCCCCGACAGCCUUGCCAGCGAACAUGCUGCACCGCUCCAAUGUGCCGGCGCAACAGUGUACACUGCUCUCAAGGCUACAGUGACACCUGAGAAACGCGUCGGCAUUCUCGGCAUUGGUGGUCUUGGCCAUCUCGCUAUUCAGUAUGCGGACAAGAUGGGUGCCGAUGUUGUUAUCUACAGCACAAGCGCUAACAAGGAGGCUGAGGCGCGACAGCUGGGCGCCAAGGAGUUCCAUCUUAUCGAGAACAUGUUUGAUACAGCUACGGCACCGAUUGAUGUUCUUGUAAUUUGUGGUACCAGGUACCCUGACUGGGAUAAGGUCAUGACGAAGGAGUUCCUCGCGCGAGAUGGAACCAUCGUCCCACUUGCAGCCCCGGUCCACGGACCUCUAAGCUUACCUGCCGGAGCAAUGUUCUUCCAAGGGUAUCAUGUCUUUUCAAGCUUGGUUGGAUCGCGUAAUAUCCACGAUGAGAUGCUUGAGUUUUCAGGACGUCAUGGUAUCAAGCCUAUGGUUCAGAUCUUCAAGCAUGAGGGUGCCUCAACUAUCAAGGAGGUCUUUGAACUGGUUGAGCAGAACAAGAUGAGAUAUAGGGCUGUUCUGGAAAUGCCUAACUAG